AAUUUACACAUGCACCAAGCCAAUUAACCUACAGACCUGCACGUCUUUGGAGUGUGGGAGGAAACCGAAGAUCUCGGGGAAAACACACGCAGGUCACGGGGAGAACGUACAAACUCCGUACAGACAGCACCCGUAGUCGGAAUCGAACCCGGAUCUCCGGCGCUGCAAGCGUGUGAGGCAGCGACUCUACCGGCAUCAUAUUCAGCAUUAACAUUAUGGGCUGAAAGGCCUGUUCAUGUCCCGGCCUACUCAACCUCUCCCUAUAGCUCACACCCUCUAGUCCUGGCAACAUCCUUGUAAAUCGUCUCUGUAUCCUUUCCAGCUUAACAAUAUCUUUCCUAUAACACGGUGCCCAGAAGUGAACACAAUAUUCUAAAUGCGACCUCACCAACGUCUGAUACAACUGCAACAUGACCUCCCAACUUCUAUACUCAAUACUGCACUCAAUUCUCUGUGAUUUCUUGCGGUCUUGGAUGGAACUGAGUAGAUUGGGCCCUGCAUAGUGGCCAUUCAGUGGCAGGGAAGAGUGUGUUGAGUCGACACACCCCAGAUAGACACAAAGUGCUGGAAUAACUAAGCGGGUCAAGGAUAGGAUGGGUGACCUUUCAGGUCGAGACCCUUCUUCCACAUAGCCAGCUCACUUUGACCUUCAACAGUUUGAGUAUUGAGUAUAGAGGUUGGGAGGUCAUGUUGCAGUUGUAUAAGUUAGUGAGACUGCAUUUAGAAUAUUGUGUUCAGUACUGGGCACCAUGUUGUAGGAAAGAUAUUGUCAAGCUUGAAAGGGUUCAGAAAAGAAUUACGAGGAUGUUGCCAGGACUAGAGGGUGUGAGCUGUCGGGAGAGGUUGAGUAGGCUGGGUCUCUAUUCCAUGGAGCGCAGGAGGAUGAGGGGUGAUCUUAUAGAGGUGUACAAAAUCAUGAGAGGAAUAGAUCGGGUAGACACACAGAGUCUCUUGCCCAGAGUCGGGGAAUAAAGGACCAGAGGACAUAGGUUCAAGGUGAAGGGGAAAAGAUUUAAUAGGAAUCCGAGGGGUAUCUUUUUCACACAAAGGGUGGUGGGUGUAUGGAACAAGCUGCCAGAGGAGGUAGCUGAGGCUGGGACUAUUCCAAUGUUGGAUGGGUACAUGGAUAGGGCAGGUUUGGAGGGAUAUGGACCAAGCGCAGGCAGGUGGGACAUGUUGGCCGGUGUGGGUGAGUCGGGACGAAGGGCCUGUUUCCACACUGUAUCACUCUAGUACUCUUUGACCCUUGCCUUUCCCUCAGUUGGCCUUCAGCACUCACAGCGUUUCCAGCCAGAUGAGUUCCCUAGUGUACGCCGUGGAUAGCAUCGAGUCCCUCUGCGAUGAGCCCAUGGACAGGAUCUUGGAAAGGACCAGCGAAGACGACUUUGACACUGACGUGGAGAUUGACGUGAAAUCCUCGGGAGAGAGCCAGAGCGAGGAGCAGAUAUACCGCAAGGCGUGCGAGGAGGUUGGAGUCAGCCCUAUGUCUUACUUCCUUCGGCACUACAAAGAUGUCCGACUCAACCUGAACUAUCGCUGCAUAUCAGCCAAAGCCCUGAAGGCCCUCUCCAUCUCCCUCGUGACUAAUACAGUGGUGACCAUCCUAGACCUGGAAUACGAUGGGAUUGAUGCAGAGGGAGUGCGGUACUUGAUGGAGAUGUUAGCCGAGAACUGCUUCAUCCAGACUCUGAACUUGUCCAACAAUGAGCUGAGAACAGAGGGUGCUGACGUCUUGUGCCAAAUGCUUCCGUUGAACAUUUCCCUGAAGUGCAUCAAACUUGCAGGAAACAAAUUGAUUGACGGUGACGCUGCCUUCUUCGAUGACGUUUUAUCUUCUAAUUUCAGAAUUUCAGAACUGGAUCUUAGCUACAAUGAGUUUGGAAACAAAGGAGCAGAAUUUCUGGGACACAUGCUAGCGAACAACGAAAGUUUAGAGAAACUGAACCUGAGCUGGAAUCAAAUCCAAACGCAGGGAGCAGUGGCCAUAAGCGCAGGAUUGCGGAUGAAUAUUACCUUGAAGGUCCUUGAUCUUUCCUGUAAUGGGUUCGGAAAUGAAGGUGCGUUGGCCAUGGGGGAGACACUGAAAUAUAACAACACCUUGCUUGAGCUCAACCUCAGCACCAACCACAUCAACAACGAGGGAGUUGCCAAUCUCUGCAAAGGAAUGGACGUCAAUGACAAUGUUAAGUUCCUGUAUCUGAAUAACAACCCUAUCACCGUGCAGGGUGCUGUCCGUCUUUUAGAGGUCAUGCAGAAAAAUGAAAAGACAAAUCUGGAAACAAUCAGCAUUCAGAAUGUACUGGUGAAUGAAACCUUCAUGGAUCUACUAAAGCCCAUUACUGCCAACCAUCCACUGUUUCAGAUUGAAAUUAGAGGCGUUGGUGGCUUAGUGUCUGGGGGGAGAACUCACCGAAUUGAUCCAAUGAAAGUGAUCCAGGAUUACCUCGACAAGCGCAAACUUCGACUCUCCGAUUUCUUCCGCAACAUGGACAAACUGGGAACCAUGACGUUGCCCGUGUCCGACUUCCGAAAAACUUUGCAGCAACUGAAAAUCCCAUUGGACCUCAUUCAAGUUGAGGAACUAAUCAACAAACUUGACAAGGAAAACACUGGUACAAUUGACUACAGGAAACUGGUGGACACCAGGAAGCAAAUGAUCCAUGAGCAACGGGAGCAACUCCGCAAGGAAGAAACCAGGCAGAGGAAGGAGAAGCAGAAGGCACAGCGGGUGCUGAAAACAUUCAGAAGUGCAAUAAAUGCCAUCACUCCCCGCAGUUCCACUGUCAUCUCAUCCAGUCACUUUAAGUUGCCAGAUAUCCAUCCACUCAAGUCUUCUAGCUCCCAGCAGUUAUCUAGCACGCCACUGAGCUCUUGGCACCAUGUGGUGGUCUCAAAUAGCAGUCGGUAUUCAAUGCCAACACUGAGCAAUGUUCAGUUGCACCACCAGUUGAGUCAUUCCAGCAAGACUCCCUUAGUUCCAGGUGCCAGGUUGGGUUCUUCCCCCCGGAUCCACUCAAUUUCUCAGCCUAAAAUGGUAUCCAAUGCGCAUAUACAUUCCCAGUCAUAGGAACAUAGAAAAUAGGUGCAGGAGGCCAUUUGGUCCUUCGAGCCAGCACUGCCAUUCAUUAUGACCAUGGCUGAUCAUCCACAAUCAGUCAUUGUCCUAUCGGGGACACAUGACAAUAAACUCUCUUGAAUCUUGAAUCUAACCCGUGCCUCCCUUCUCCCCAUACCCUUGAUUCCGCUAGCUCCUAGAACUCUAUCUAACUCUCCUUUAAAUUCAUCCAGUGAAUUGGCCUCUACUGCCUUCUGUGGCAGAGAAUUCCACAAAUUCACAACUCAAUGGGUAAAGUUUUUUUCUCAUCUCAGUUUUAAAUGGCCUCCCCCUUCAUUCUUAGACCAUGGCCCCUGGAUCUGGACUCCCCCAACAUUGGGAACAUUUUUCCUACAUCUAGCUUGUCCAGUCCUUUUUAUAAUGUUAUAUGUUUCUAUGAGAUACCCACUCAUCCUUCUAAAUUCCAGUGAAUACAAGCCCAGUCUUUCCAAUCUUUCUUCACAGUCCCGCCAUCCCGGGGAUUAACCGCGUGAACCAACCUUGCCUCAAUAGCAAGAAUGACCUUCCUCAAAUUAGGAGACCAAAACUGCACACAAUACUCCAGAUGUGAUCUCACUGUACAACUGCAGAAGGACCUCUUUACUCCAAUACUCAAAUCCUCACGUUAUGAAGGCCAACAUGCCAUUAGCUUUCUUUGUCAUGAUCUCCCAACUGGAGAGAAAUCCCGUGACCACGACUAGUCCAGAUAUUUCCUUCCACAUGGUGCAAGCAACACCAUUGAGGGAGAUGAAGACUAAAAAGUAAUAACAAUGAAACGUGGGGUAUUUUUGGUUAUUGGUUAUUUUCCUUCUCGCCCCUCCUCUUUGAAUAUGUGGUUAUAAACUUUGUUACGAAAAUCAUAACAAUGUUAUUGUAAUAGAUGAACAUUACAUUGUAAUCCAUUAACAGAACCAAAAAUGAGUCUAAACUGGGUGUAAAUGGCAAUGGGAGAAUUAUUAUUGCUGUGACCUAUCAGGAAAUGAUGGCAAAUGAUCUAAUCUGAAAUUGUUAACCUAAGCACUGAGGCUAGAAGAUUGUAAAGUGUCGCUGAUGUAAAAUGGUGUGUUGCUUCUUGAGCUUCAGUGGACAAUGUGGAAGAUAAAUGUCAGAUUAGAGUGAGGGUUGAGAUGGACAAUGAAAAUGGUAAAACACUGCAAGCUCAGGGCCACAGGUGAGGUGUUCAGCAAGGUUGUCUGUCAUUGUAGAGCUAUGAUUCCAGAGUUGUUGGGGAAAAAACUCAAGCUUAUCAUACAUUUUUGAAUUGUACUCAAAGUAUAAUGGAAUGUGUUAGUUCCUGUUUGGAAGCUAUCAUUUUUAAUAAACUGCUACAAACUCAGAUUUAGUACUCUUCAUUUUCAUAGCUGCGAAAUGAGCAGCCAUUUUUAACACACAUUUUAUAUGAGCUGGGAAACAUUUCCAGUCUCUCGGGUUCACACUCAUUGGUCCGAAAUUGUCUCCCUUCCUUCAUAACACCUGCUAGUUUCCGUUCAGAACAGUUGUUGCACAGUCGUUGUCACUAGACCAGUAAGUCAGCGAAAAUCUAGAGAUGCGAGUUCAAAUCCCACUACAGCAAGUAUGGAAAACUAGUCAUGAUGCGCAUGAAUUUUGCAAAACUCCAUCUGGCUCAUUAAUCUUUUUCAGUGAAGGAAAAGUGCCAUACUUAUAGAUUCAUACAGCAUGGAAACAGGUCUAUCUGCCGUGUUUAGCCCAUAUCUUUUCUAUCCAGGUAUCCGUACAAAUGUCUUUUAAAUUUUGUUAGAGACCUGCCUCAAUUACCUCCUCUGUCAGCUCGUUCCAUGUGCCCACCAUCCUCUGAGUGAAAAAGUUGCUGGGUUCCUAUUAAAUCUUUCCCCUUGAACCUAUGCCUCUUGAUACAACUGGCAUAACAAAUAGACCUAGGUAGGCCACCCAGCAUUGAUCUAGGCAUCAUGUUCACACACAACAGAGUUACCACAAGUUUGGUUCACAUUGCAAAACCUCUUCACAAGCAUCUGGGUCCUGAUAUCUAGCUUGGGAAUGCUGUUCUGGGUGUCAUGAAGGCACAUUAGGUAGAGCUGCUGCCUCACAGCUCUGGUGACCUGGGUUCACCCCUAGAAUCCACUGCUGUCUGAAUGGAGCUUGCAUGUAGACUGACUCCCCUUCCCCCCACUCUCCCCAAUCUUUGCACAUCCCCUAUCCUGACUUUUCGCUUGUAACUUUAAUUUCAUGUAUCUUGUUGCGUUUCAUGACUGUUGGCAGACCAAUUUCACUCCUGGGAUAGAUAAAAUUCUAUCGUAUCGAAAUCACAUUUGUGUAUUUACUUUCUUCGGUGUCUGAGAAGAUUCAGCACAUCCGUGGGGGUUCUCUUGAACCUCUGCAGAUAAUUUUAUUGUCUUUGUAGAAUUAGUUGUUGCCUUACUCCAAGAAGAUGAUCAUUUAACAAAAGGAAAAUACAAAUUUUCCAGCUUAGUUAUUAGUACCGGUACUUGUUUUUCUGAUAAGAAAAUUGGUGGACACUGCCUGGUCCAUCAUGGGUACUGACUUCCCCACCAUUGAAGGGAUCUUUAGAAGGCACUGCCUCAAAAAGGCAGCCCGCAUCAUCAAGGACCCACACCUCCCUAGCCGCGUUGUAAAUUCACUUCUGCCAUCGGGAGGAAGGUAUCAGAGUCUGAAAACUGAACUCCAGGUUUAAGAACAGCUUCUUCCCAACAACCAUCAGGCCACUGAACACUGCAAACACCAACUAAACCUCAAACUGCUUGAUUGUACUUGGGACUUUGGGCUUUAGUUUUCAAGUUUAUUUUGUUUAUUGUGUUAUUUACAAGUAUUGUAUUUACAGACCUGUAGGUUGCUGCAGGAAUUUUAUAGUUCCGUUUUUGAUACAUGUGACAAUUAAACACGCUUGAC